GCAAGGUUUUCUGGGAGUUGUAGUCCGAGGUUCCGGGCCGUCCAAGGGCGUUAGUACCUUCUGAGCUCCCCGGGAGGAUGGAUUCCGGGGCGGACGUGGAGCCGCUGGCGGGCCUGGUCUGGUCGUCAGCCUUAACACCGCCGCCCCCGGGUUUCAGCGCGAUCACCUGCACCGUGGAGGGCGCGACCGCCAGCUUCGGCCGCGGUUUCGCUCAGAAAGCCGGCUACUUUCUGUGUCUGAGCCCGCUGGGCAGCCUGAGGAACCCUCAGGACAAUGUGGUAGUAGACAUGCAGAUCGUGAUGGACAAGGGCCCCCCGCCAUCCGGCUUCUCUACAGUGAACGACCCUCUAGACUCCAAGGCCUCUGUGUCCAAGAAGAAGCGCAUGUGUGUGAAGCUGAUGCCCCUGGGGGCUGCCGACAUGGUUGUGUGUGACGUGAAACUGAGUGGGAAGACCAAGACAGUGCCUGGAUACCUGCGUGUGGGGGACAUGGGUGGUUUUGCCAUCUGGUGCAAGAAAUCCAAGGCCCCAAGACCAGUGCCCAAGCCCCGCACUGUCAGCCAGGAUAUGCGGGGCCUCUCACUGGAUCCACCCACACAGCCCAGCAAAGGCAGCCACCCUGAGCGGACACUGUCUAGGAUAGGCUCUCGAGCAUCCACUCUGCGGAGGAAUGACUCCAUCUAUGAAGCAUCCAGUCUCUAUGGUAUCUCAGCCAUGGAUGGGGUUCCCUUUACACUGCACCCCCGUUUUGAGGGCAAGAGCUGUGGGCCUCUGAACUUGUCUGCCUUUGGGGACCUGACCAUUAAGUCGCUGGCAGACAUUGAGAAGGAGUAUAACUAUGGCUUCGUGGUGGAAAAGACAGCAGCUGCACGCCUGCCCCCCAGCGUCUCAUAGUCUCUGCCUCAGGUGCCCCCUGACCACCACCUGCCUCCCAGCAUUACUGACUGAUGCCCAGCUCCUUGGAGACAGGGUCUCUUUCCUGGCCUGGCGGUGCAGCGGUGGCCUGGGCGGUACCUUCCCUUCACUUGUCAGUCUUGUGUGUGGAGGCUACGAUUAGCCGCACUAAACACUUCCUGGUACCCAC